CUGUCUUUCAGAAAACCUUAAAAUGGCCAAAAGUCUACGAAGUAAAUGGAAGAGGAAGAUGCGUGCAGUGAAGAGAGCGAAGAACGCCCCUAAGGAACUGGCUCGGCUAAAGCAAGCCUUGGCCCACGGUGGCACAGGAGAGAUCUCCAUGAAUGACAUUCAGGACAUAGCUACAGUGGUGCCAGCUGCCAAGAUAAAGGAGAAGAAAGUGGAUGCAGACAUGGAGGGAGAGGAAGUCGAUGGUGAGAACACACACAUAGAUCACACGCCCAUAGAUCAAGCAUUUUGUGUCCUUUCCCAUGUCUUUGAGUUUUGACACCUUUUGUUUUUGCUUUGCAGAUGGAAAGAUGGACAUGGACAGCAAGCGCAGUAAGACGACCCAAUUGGACGAGCACGGACAGUACCCAACGUGGAUGAGCCAACGACAGGCUAAGAAACUGAAAGGCAAACGCAUGACGAAGAAAUCCGGAGGAAAGGCCAACAAAAAAAAGAAGGGCCUUGCCUGGUAGCCUGGAGAAAACCAAAGGACUUCUAACUUAGAACCUGUGACACACAAGCCUUGAAUAUCAUGUAUCGGAGAUUGAACACAUGAUCUUUGUGGACUUAAUUUGUCUUGUGUUAAAAGUUAAAUGGUGAUAUGAGGCAAAGGAUCUAUAUUGUGCAACCCAUUGUCUGUACGCCCAUUUAAUGUAUGAAAGGAAACACGACAGUUGUGUGUUGGGCACAAUUGUAUAAUACUGCAUUGACAUAAUUCACUUGAAUGAAAGCCAUGUUUUCUUAUUGCUGUGGUAUACAGAAGAAAAUAUGGCAGUUUCUUCACCUUUCACCCCAAUAAUGCUACUACCUGUUGGUAGCUCCAUUCCUGUUUGAUUUGCUCUUCUCCCUGUGGCCUAGCCCAUCAGUACAAAGACAUUAAUUAUACAUGUAACAUACUGUCCAUAUAAUCUUCUGGCUGUCAUGUUGGAGUAAAUAAAUGUGUUUCUGUAAAUUAAGACAUUUUAUUGAUUACAUGCAGUUGAUUCUAGAAAUAACAUUUUUAACCUGGCGUUUCAGAUAUUAUGAUUUGCCAAAGUAUGAAAAUGUAAUUCAAGUUAAUAAUUCCAUCAAUAGCCAAAAUACGUAAUUCUCUGUAGGUAAUCAUUAUUGUUUUUAAACAUCACAUUCCAUAGCUAAAUGACUUACAUAAUCCUUUGAAAUGCAAGUGUAUGAGAAUAUCACUGGACCAUUUAGCAAUCAGCCUUUAUAAGGUGAAGCCCUGCAUCCCACCCUGAGCAAUAUGAAGCACAAUGACUAUCCAUUAUAUGGCAUGACUACUGACCGGAUAUAAAUCAAUUGACUAGAAAACACAUGGGGAGAAUCUCAAUUGCAUACUCCUUGCGUCCUCACCUCAAAACCCAUUGGAUGAGAAAGCCAGAGUUCCCUCCCCUCUGACCUUCUCCUGCUAAU